UUUGAUACGGAUUAAGAUGAAACAUUUGUUUACUGUACGAUAAGUAUUUGUAAAAUCUAUGUGAAGAACGAUACAAUCCCUAAAUUCCUUCCGACGACGAAAAAACAUUUGCGAAAGUGACGACUGAUUAAAAUCAUCUUUAAAUCCAUCACUCAUCAGCGUCAUCGUCCCGCUGCCCUCCGCCCCGAACCAAUCGCCCUUACCUCAAUGCCAUCCCCGGUUGCGGCGGUUGAUCCUAAAGCCGAUGUGGAAUUGGAUGAGGACGACGAAGAAUACGAGGAAAUUGAGGUCGAAGAAGAAAUAGAAGUAGAAGAGGAAGAGGAAGAGGAAGAGGAAGAAGAAGAAAUAGAGGUAGAAGAGGAGGAAGAAGAAAUAGAGGUAGAAGAAGAAAUAGAAGUAGAAGAAGAGGAAGAAGAAGAAAUAGAAGUAGAAGAAGAGGUAGAAGAGGAGGAAGAAGAAGGAAAAGGUGAAGAAGAUAAAAGUGAAGAAAAAGAUCAAGCAUCAGUUCCACUCAAUGUGGAUGAUCAGAAAGAAGAAGAAGACGAGGAAGAAGAAAUAGAGGUAGAAGAAGAAGAAGACGAGGAAGAAGAAAUAGAGGCCGAAGAAGAAGAAAUAGAGGUAGAAGAAGAAGAAGAGGUAGAAGAGGAGGAGGAGGAGGAGGAGGAGGAGGAGGAGGAAGAAGAAGAAAAAGGUGAAGGAUCAAUUCCACUAAAUGUAGAUCAUAAAAAAGAUGGUAGCCAUGUUUUGGAGCCUUCGGGGCUUGAACAGCACUUAAGAUCAGGCUUUUCUACACAACAAGAACCUGUAGCAAAUUUACCCCCACAUACCCCUUUGAUCGAAGGUGGUAAUGACAGUUGCAGAAUUUCUAAUUCAGAUGAAGCAAGAGAGAGGAAGGGCGGAGAAAGAACCCACAUAGAGUCUGAUGUCCAAGCUUCUGGAUUUGAGGACGGUGAAACAAAUAGAGAGAGAAUCCAGCCUUUUGGUCAAGCAGUGGAUGCCGAAAUAUUGACUGAUGGUUCUGGCAAGGUGGCUAUUGGUGUUCAAUUUACUGAAGGAGGUGAUCAAGAAGCUGUGGACGAUUUAAAGCAAACAUCACCAAGGUUGGAAGUUCUCAAGACAAGGGAAAGAAGUUCAUCCCCUGGUGCUGAUUCUAGGGGUGGAAGCAAAAGAUUAGCAAUGAGAUGUGAGUUUUUUUCCAGGGGUUGGUGCAUCAAAGGGAACUCUUGUAGAUUUCUUCACAUAAAGGAUCAUGUAACGAGCCAUGAUAAGGAUGUCAUUCUAAAUGAGGCUAUGAUAAAAGGCAAACUUGCAAAUGGCAAAGGUUUGGAAGAGAAUGGCAAGAGAUCAGUGCUGGAUGGUUCUUCUGAUUCAGUACCAUCAGCAGUUCAAUCUGGAGAAAAUAUAAAAUUGAGAAGUGACGAGGAAUCGCAUAUGCUUAUGGAUGGUCCUUCGUCCAUCCCAGAGGUUAGAAGAGAGUCUCUUGGAUGUAAACCAUACUUGGCUGGUUAUAGCACCUCUUCUUCUCCAUUACUCAAAGAUGGUUCUGUACAUAAAAAUAGCCUCCAUGGUGGAAAGCGUAGCUCAGUCCUGUUAUCUGAUAGUUACCAAAAUACUGUAGUUUCCUCUUACGCCUCAGGUUUGAACAAUGUGAAUUAUAAGAGGAGCCAGUCUAUGCACGACAAUCAUGGUUUGCAAGUCUUGAAUGACUCUGCAGAUAGGUUGUCUCAUCGUUGUUCGUCUUCGCGGAACAUAGAUGGCCUUGAUGAUCAGAAGCUUUUGGAUAGUAGCCAAGAAUAUUCUUCUUCUAAAUCCACCUCUUUGCAGCAGAAGUCUUCGGCUUUUCCUAGUUCUGAAGCUGAACUUCCUCGGGUUGAUUUAUCACGGGACACACGACGAUCAUCUGAUUAUAUAACUAAGGUGUCUGACAAUUGGGAGCCAUCUGUUCCUUUUCGACCAUCAUCCUUUCUUAGUCAAAUCAUUGGAUGUCCUGAAAGUCUAUAUGAUCCUCUUCGUGAUAGUAUUGAGCAAAGUAAUGUAGGAGAUGGGCCCUCAAAGUUCUCUUCCUCUGGUAAAGGAGGGCCUGUAUUCACCAAAUGCACACAGGAAAAUGAUGAUCCAGUUUCACCAGGAACCUUGGGUCCAGAACAGAGCUCCAAUAAACAUCCAAUUUCUGGUCAUGUCUACCAUAGGGAUAUAUUGCCUGACAACUUGUCUGAGAAAGAAUUGUCUAAUAAUGAAGCAGAUACAGCAGAUACGGCAGUUUCUCAUCAGGAACACAUAAAUACCUCUUCAAAAGCAGAAAAACUAAAUUUAUCUACUGAACUACAACGCACCAGGCUCCGGAAAAAGACAAAAUCAGAAUUUGAGAGGCUCGGACAUGGAAAUGAAAUUGAUAUUGACUGGAAAACAGAUAGAUCUGUGAACAAAGAGUCGAGAGUUUUGAAGCAUUUUCAUGCUGCUCUUGUGGAAUUUAUUAAAGAACUACUAAAGCCAACUUGGAGUGAGGGUCUCAUGAGUAAGGAUGCUUACAAGAUAAUAGUCAAGAAGACAGUUGAUAAAGUUGUCAACUCUUUGCAUCCCCAUCAGGUUCCUGGUACGGCUGAAUCAAUCAGACAGUAUCUUUCUGUAUCUCAGCCAAAACUUGCUAAGCUCAUUGAGGCGUACGUGGAUAAAUAUGGAAAAUCUUGAAAAUAUCAAAUGAGCUUUGCUCAGAAUAAGGGAGUAUUUUACAAAUUCAGCGGCAAUUACACUUCAGAGGAAACCUUAACGACUGUAAAAUUGAUAGUAUCAGUGGACUCUUAGCUCUACUAAAACGAAUAUCAACUGACAAAGGCAGGAGUGGCUCACAGGUGUGGUCGGUCAGCAGCAAUGUUGUCUUCACAAUUAAAAGGUGUUACAAUUUGCUGCAGAAAGAAGCAGAUAGAUGGGUGAAUGAUUGGCCAUGGAAGAUGCUUUGGGAAACAAAAGCCCCCCUAAAACAGCUUGCUUUGGUUGGACAACUGCAAUGGAAGUUUGUUUGACUCAAGAUCUGUUACAAAAAAGAGGGUUCUCUCUCGGAAAUAGAUGUUUUUUUAUGUGAAGAAUCCAUGCAAUCUAACAUUUUUAUUUUUUGGCAUUCUAACUUGUCUUGGAAAAUUUGGUUCUUCAGUAUUUUUGAGUGUGUUGGGAGAUGCCUCAAGAUGUGAACGGCUUGUUAACUUGCUGGCAGAAGCAGAAUAAAAAGACUAAAGAAGUUUGAAAUCAACUUGGAGGACCAUUCCACUUUGCAUCAUGUGGACUAUUUGGCUAGAAAGGAACAAUAGAUAUUUUGAGGGAUAAACCAGACAUAUCUCUUAUGUGAAGUAUAUCUGUAUACAGAACUUAGACUUGUGGUAUAGGGCUAAAUACGCAGGAAAAUCCGUCUUUUCGUUUGGAAUGUUUGGAAGCCUUGAUACUGUAAUUGUUGAAUAUCGUCUUGUUGGAUCUUUUGUACUUGUGUAGUAUCUCCUUGGUCCUAUUCAUUAACUAAAUUACCUUAUUAAAAAAAGCAUAUAGCAAACAAAGUAUGUAAGGAUCCUAUCCGUAGAACACUAAUAUAUAUAAAAGCAAAAAGGGUCAAAUUGCCCCUCUACUAUACGAGAAGGAUCAAGUUUACUCUCCAUUAUACUUUUAGUACUAAAAACUCCCGUUGUUGGCCAAGUGGCUCAAACAUACCCCUUCUCCUUGGGGCUGUCCAAGGUGGAUACCCAAUCUCACGUGUCACUGUCAUUGUACUGAGGUUGACACCACGUGGCUUGCCACCUCACUGCCCCAACGCGGUUACCCCCUCCCCCCACUUCCUCUUCCACCAAUAGCACCUCUCCCUCUCCACCACAAUUUCCACCAUUAACAACCAGCAUGCAUAUUCUUUCAAAAUAAGAAGGUAACGGUAAAAAAGAACAAAUAAGAAUACCAGUCUUCUCUAUCUUCUGUUGUCUCUAUCUUCUGCUUGUGUCUCUCUUCAUCGCGUAAACAGUUAGUUGGGGUAAUAGGAAACAUUGAGGCUUGUGAAGUGCUCUAGUGUAUCACAGUAAGUACUCUGUCUACUUCUGCUUUUCAGUGUCCUCCUGGUUUGCUGCUCCUAUUCCUCAUUCUUCUAUGUCACCUGUGCUCUUGUUUUUCUCUUUAUCUGUUUGCACAUCACCUAUGUUCUAUUCUCUAGUCUCCUCUUGAAUCUUCUGCUUCUUCAUCUGUUUUAUU